GUUUCUCCUUCAGGCGCAGCUAAUUACAUCUGCAAGAUAACUUCCGCAGGAAGGUAGCAAGGCCACCACAAUGUGGUGCAGGUAUCUGGUUCUGGCGCUGGUCUUCACGCUGGGCACAUCUGCCUUGCACGACCCUCUUGUGGUCAACACAAGGAAAGGGAAAGUCAAAGGGAAAACCGUAAAGACGGCUUUAGGUGGCGAAGUUGAUGCAUGGUACAGCAUCCCAUUUGCCAAGCCCCCUGUGGGAGACCUCAGGUUUAGACAUCCUAUCCCCAUCGACCGUUGGCACGACGUCAAGGAUGCAACAGAACUCCCUAAUUCCUGUUGGCAAACUUUGGACGACUUUUUCGGAAAUUUUGAAGGUUCGACAAUGUGGAACGCCAAUACCCCAAUGAGUGAAGAUUGCUUAUAUCUCUCAAUCAUAGUUCCGAAACCGAGACCUACCAACGUGCCCGUUUUGGUUUGGAUUUACGGAGGAGGCUUCUACUCGGGCACCUCUUCGCUCGAAGUGUACGACUACCGCACUCUGGCUGACAACCAGAACGUGAUUAUAGUCGCUCCUCACUACCGUAUUGCGAGUCUAGGCUUCCUAUACAUGGGCACUCCCGACGUGCCAGGCAACACAGGGCUUUUCGAUCAACUAAUGGCUUUAGAAUGGAUCAAAGACAACAUUGAAUUCUUUGGUGGGAAUCCGAACAACAUAACAUUGAUGGGAGAAUCUGCUGGCGCGACAUCCAUCAGUAUGCUUUUGUUGUCUCCCCUCUCCCGUAACUUGUUUAGUCAGGCAAUCAUGCAGUCGGGGUCCGCGACUGUUCCCUGGGGUAUAAUGAGCAAAAAGGAAAACAUGCUCAGAGGUCAACGUCUCGCCGAAGCCGUGGGCUGCCCCACCGACAUGAGUAAUCCAUCUGUUGUCAUCGACUGUCUGCGAUCAAAAAAUGCUUCUGAGUUAGUCAAUAGUGAAACUUCAAACGGGGUGACAGACUUCCCGUUUGUCCCAAUCAUCGACGGGGCCUUCUUCGAUAAAUUGCCCAUUGAAUACCUGAGAAACGGCGACUUUAAGAAGUGCAAUAUCUUGAUGGGAAGUAACACGGAGGAAGGCUACUGGUUCAUCAUGUAUUUUCUUCCCAGUUUGUUCCGUCGCGAAGAAAAUGUGUUGAUCACACGAGCAGAAUUUGAGAGGUCGGUCCGAGCUUUGUUCCCGUACUUCAACGAGUUGAUAUUGCAAGCCAUCAUGUACCAAUACACCGAUUGGAUCGACCCCGAAGACGGUGCUAAGAAUCGAAAUGCCAUCGAUAAAAUGAUUGGCGAUUACCACUUCACUUGCAACGUCAACGAGUUUGCGGAGUACUACAGCAAGAGCGGCAACAACGUCUACAUGUAUUACUUCAAGCACAGGUCCAGUGGCAGCAAAUGGCCCAAGUGGACAGGUGUUCUUCAUGCCGAUGAAAUAAGCUUCCUAUUCGGCCAGCCUCUUAACCCCAAGUACACAACCUUUACCGAGGUGGAGCAAGACCUAUCGCGCCAGAUGAUGACUUACUGGGGGAACUUCAUCAAAACUGGGAACCCAAGUGAAGGGGACCACCGCUCCUUCGCCAAGACCAAGUGGCCUCUGUACUCCCCAGCCACGAAGGAGUACCUCAUCCUGAGCGGGGAGGAGUCCGGCCUGGGGAGGGGACCGAGACUCAAGGAGUGCGCCUUCUGGAAGUCCUUCCUGCCGCAGCUUGUCAAGCAUUCAGAGUACAAGCCCUCCCAGGGACCGGAAGUUUGUCCCAGCUCGACUGGGAACAACAUGGACGGGCUCACCUCAGGGGCACAAUGCCUGACUUGUGCCCUGGUGCCCGCUCUUCUCUUCGCCUGCGCCGCACGCAUCGGUCGCUUUGCUCUCUAAAUCAAAUACUCGAGGCCUAAGGUUAAUCUUUCUAUAGAGAACUUGCGACGCGAUGUAGGCAGUCUUUUGAAAGUAGGCCGUUAUUUGAUCAUAGUUGAUAAAGCAACUGUUUCACAGUUGCGUCUAUCAACGCAAAGAUCGUGUAAGACAGCGGCGGACAUUGAAAAGUCACAUUUCAGAAUACAGAGUUGGAUUUAUUAAGACAUUUAAACCGGCAAUUGUAGGUCUAUUUUUAAUUCUUCUGGACUUAAAAAAGAUGACAGUUUCUCCAAAGCCACAGAGUAACGAUUAUUUUUAAAUAAUUCGUUUGACUAAAAUCUGAGUUUUGAAUUAAAUUAACUGAAUAUAAAUAGAGCACAAUAACCUUAAUCGAAUUCGAUUGAUAAUUAGGGUAGCGUUGGCCGACAUAAGGUCGAUUCUUCAAUGACUGCUUAUAGCUCGACGUAGUUUUUUAUAGAACUUGCGUGAAUUUAAUGUGAAGGAGUUAAAAUAUUAAUUAGAAAGCAUAAUAGUCUUAUUGCUAUCUGCUUCUGAUGUUGCCUACGACAAUAGAUAGAAAACGCUUCUUUUGAUAUCGCAGAGAUGGCACCUGUUUGACUAUCAUAUAUACUUAUUACGUAAACAAAAGCUUGCAUAUCCAUUGAGUAGUACAGAACCCCUAUUAUAUACGUAUAGAUGCAUGUUAUCUAUCUCUAUUGGUUAUUAUAAGAUGGUAUGGAAGAGAAGAAACACAGUUCUUAAGCGUUCAAGAUCGAGUCGAAGUAUGGAAGCAAUUUAAUGCUCAGGAAAUACGGCACGAACUUUCAAGUCGAGCAAAAAUAGACUCGAGUUUGUUGUUCUCACAAGUUGGUAGCUGGAAAGUUUCAAGGAUUUGUGCGUCUAAUGUUGAUUGCUUGAGAAGUUUUAUGGAAUUUCAUAAUCGUUCUUUCUUUCAAUUUUAUGAUAAUAAUUAAUGGUGCGAGUCCACGCGCUUGUUUGCUGCAGUUGCUUUGGUCAUGAGAUCGUUAUACUGGAUUCCUCAAUUGGCAAUGGAACAAAUUUAAUUAUUCCAUUUUUUAUUAAGGCUGCUAAUUUAACCAGCAGAGAACUGAUAAAUUAAUGCAAUAAGAGCCAUUUGAGCUUAAAAAUCGAGCUUAAAUAAAUUUCAUACCUCCACACAAAAAAGAUUAAUCAAAUCUUACUCGUUGCAAACGAUACUGGGUUUUAAUGUUUUAUGUUAUGUCUGCAUUAGAAAUGCCCGUAGGUCGACGGAGAAAAAACAUUCAUUUUGUUCCACAAUAAAAAUUGUGUUUGGUGAACGCAUGAAUUGACAUUUUUUCAAGCAAGUUUCUCGCAACAAGCAUUUUUUAAACUUUUCUCCUGGAAAUUCAGCAUUGAUAUCUUCAAUUUUCUUUGUAAAAUGCAUGAGUGGCAGCUGAGGAAUUGACCUUCAUUAAUUAUUAUCUUCUUUAUUUAUAGUCUCAUUGUGAAUACUCACCAGACAAUAAAUUAUUGUCUGGCAGCCGUGACCGAUGAAGGGUUGUUACAGUUGACGGUGUCCGUGAACGGCAGCUGUGAGAAAGCUUUGCACUGCACAGUAUAUACGCACCCUGUCGCCAACAUUGCCGUGUAAUAUCAAGAAUUAUACGGCGGAAUAUCGAGAACAUUUCCGUGUUAUAUAAAAUAUUUUGUCAUGUUACAAUAAGAACAUUACCGUGUUACGUUGAGAACAUAUUAUGUUGAGAACAUCAGAGUUAAUAUCGACAAAUUUGCUGUGUUAUGUCGAAAAUAAAAUUAUACGGCGGAAUAUACUAGAACAUUUCCGUGCUAUAUAAAAUAUUUUGUCAUGUUACAGUAAGAACAUUACCGUGUUACGUUGAGAACAUAUUAUAUUGAGAACAUCAGAGUUAAUAUCGACAAAUUGCCGUGUAAUGUCAAGAACAAUGUAUUGUUACGUUAAAAAUAUUACCGUGUUAAGUAGAGAGCAUUACCGUGUUUAGGUUCAUGUGCGUGUCUCAAAUUAUUUAUGGUGCUGCAGUCGUGAGCUUUAAGCGUUCAUAUACAAAAAUAAAUGUUUAAUGAAGCCAGUUUGGGUCGCAACGGUCACUUCUAUAUUGCCUGCGCAUCACACUUUUCAGUGACAAGCCGCUUUCCACUUCUAGGCGCUGUAAAGUGAAAUAUGACGUCACUUCUUGGCCACUAAAGUUCACUUCCAAUAGAAAAUAGACGACUUAUGGUGGACAUCACAUUGCUUUUCAUUGAAAAAAACGCAACUUCCGGGGAAAAAAUGCAAUUUUGAUCCUCAGUGGUCAUGUCUAAGCGCCGUACGCUACUUUCUUAGCUGCGUGUUUCCAACAUGUAAUGUUUUCGAACGUUCCCCCUUAAUAGCUUUAAUUAAGAAGGUAUCUUCUCUUGUUGACUCUCGAUUUUGAUAAUCUAAGAAUUCUUAUUUAACUUUAUAAUUGCAGUUCAAUGUUAUUGAAAUGUUGGAAUUACUGAACGGAGUGCAUAAUCUUUUGUAAAUACAUCACUUCUAUCUAACACCGGGCCCUCUCCCUGUGUUAUUAGGAUUAGAGGCAUUAUUGCCUUGAUAUUUCACUUAAAAUUACAUGAUGAAAGAAACAUGAUUGCAGUAUUUGAUAAUGUACGACAUACUCAGUCAUACUCAAAAGCUUGUUUUGAUGUCUUGGUAAUUCUGCUUUCCAUCAUUUUGAAUUUAUAGCUCUAUGAAAUUAUAGUGAUGAUGACGUUACAAAAGCCUAAAAUGUCAAAAGUUGCAGAAAAACUGGAAAGAAACUGCAAGUAAAUUUACCUUUUUUCGAUAUAAACGAUAAUUAAAUAUAUUUCUUAACAUAAAUUAAGUUUAUCUUGGCACAAAGAUAAACUUUAUCUUUUUUCUGGAAAGAGAAUUCACGAGCGCGUUCCAGUAAUUCAGGCAAUACGAAAGAGUUCGAAACUCUUGAGUAUGGAAGUAUUAUAAAACAUAAUAGGAUGUGAUUGAAUUGUUUUAAUUCGUUGUGAGCGUAGCACUAGAGUGUGUUUGAUGACCAUAGUAUUGUGAACAUAGUUUAUAAUAUCCUCUGUUGAAGUGUUGAAUAGUGAGAUGUCAGACACUUGUAUAGUGGACAUUAUUGGGCAUAAUUUCUUAUUCAUGUUGAAUAGUGAGAAGCAUAAUCAUGUGGACAUCGCUCACUAUCAUUUGUUAAACAUGCUUUACAGUGGACGAUGAUUGGAUAUUAUUUAGAGUUCAUAAUGUUUGCUUUUGUUAUUAUAUAAAUGGAACAUAUAGUGAAAUAAUUAAAUUUUGACUACGUAGACGGUUGUUUUUGCAAGGCAGAGUCAAAUGAAAAUAAAAAUUCGGCGCAAAUUUGAUUGUCUCAGAAGACAAGAGGUAAGUAGUUUAAUAAAUUUAUUCAAUACCUGAAAUAAUGUGGCGUAAAAUUGUCAUUUCUUGAAAACUGCACAGAGUUGUUUAGAAGAAACCUUGAACACUUAUACACUCUUAGGGGAUGAGAUUGCUCACAAAAUUUGUCAAACUGGUUAAAAAUGCCCUUCAAAUGGCCGCUAAACCAGUUUUUGUAAAAAUUACGUGGAUUUUAACCAUAUGAAUUAACUAGAGAUCGGAUCUUUUGCCAGUGAAACCUCAAGAACAUAAAAUUGUUUAAGUUUUUUAAUUUUAAGAAAGUAAUUUUUUUAGAGGCGUUGCUAUGUAAAUGUGAUCAUUAAUUUCUCUAGAAGAAUUAAACUAUAUGAAUAAAUAUAAAUAUCUAUAUUAGCGUGGUGUUUUAGCGGAGAUGUUUCGGUUGCGGUCGUUUAGGUGUAACUGAAGCAAUUAGAGACGAGUAGUCUGGGUGGUCGUUAGUGAGUAGACCGUCGUGAGUAGAUUCUCUUCUAUACACUCAGAAAAGAAAGCAAGUUAUCCAAAUAUCGAUGCACUUCAUCCCUUACAAAAUUUAGAGUCACCCCAGCU